UCCGCGCAUGCGCAUUACAAUGUAAAUAAUAGCAAUAGCUGGUAGCCGCUAGUAAUUAGCCGGGGGCUGCUAAAUAAGACGCUGCGUAACUAUUAAAAGACUGUAGCAAAGUUAAAGGUGAAACGUCAGCGACAAGAGACGAAUGAUUAGCGUCACUGCGGCGUGAAUCCACGUCUUAUACCUCAGGUUCACAACUUCCGAGGACUAGCUAGCUAGCAGGCUAACCCUGAAUGUAGCUGGGCAGGAUGACAGUUAAAUGAGCUGUCCGUUCUGAGAGCUUUACAGUCUGAUACGCUGCAUAAAUGUCAAGGGUGGCCUUUAUACUACUGUUCACAUUUUUCAUGAUAAACAAAAGGUAAACAGGAAUGUAGCUAAGUAGUCUUAGGGCCUUCUUGCUGGAUGACUCGUAAGUUUGGUGCAGCUAAUCUGGCUAACUGUUAGCUGGUUUAGUCUUGUUUGCUGAAGUGACGUUUGGGUUUUUUGUUCUUUGAGAAGCAGCUGCAGCUAAACAGGCAGGGUUUUGAAUCCAGUUUAACUGCUAGAAUUAACCCCAGUGCGUAGAGCAUAGGACAUCGUUUUAGCCACUGUGCAGCUAUGUCAGCUAUGUUAUCCGAAAACAGGAAACGUCAGCGUACUCAAGGCGAUGAUGCGGACGCACAGCUUAUGCCUCAGGCCAAACGAUUAAGCACAACACACAAGUCCUCCGAAAUCAGCCAAGAAGCAUGGGAGUCUGAGUCCUCCAGCAGCGACAGCAGUGGGGUCAGUAGUCCUGAGCAUGUGGCCGGGAGCAGCAGCAGUGCCAGCAGUCAGUAUGGAGCCGACAACCUGGCAACCCUCGCUGGCCUUGGGCCCUGUAGUCCUCUCAGCUCCUCAGACCAAACUGGCCCCAGCAGCUCGUACCACCAUAUCAACCGCGUCCUGAGGGAGGCCCACUUCCACAGCUUGCAGAACAGAGGACAGUCCAGGGACAGGUGAUUUUGUUUUCAGGGACAUUUCUCUCAUCUGUGGUGCAUGAAAACGAUGACACCUUUGCUCUGCUGAAAGCCUGAUCACGUUCCCCAGAAGACAGGGUAAAGAUUAAAGGUUAAAGCUUCAUCAGCUCCAUUGCCAUUCAAGUCUGCUCUUACUUUCUAGAUCUUUUCCACAUGCUAUAGCUCUCAUUUGUGUUGGUGUGCUUUUGAAUAGAACGUGUGACCUGGAACUGUAAACCCAUUGACUAAUUAGAGCACAAAAGUGUUCAUACUGUAAGCAAUAAUAGCUUGGCUGCGAUGCAACCUUUUGUGACAUUCACACUGUGUACUUUUCCUCUGAACAGACCAGUUUACAUAUAAAUGAGAGCUUUGCUUUGUGAAUAACUCCAUUUAGGGUGGAACUGCACUUGGAGCAUAUUAUAAUUUUAUUAUUAUUUUGAUGUCAGGAUUUGGUGUGUGAGCUCAGUUGAUAGUUUAUCUGUGCACUUGAGGUGGGGGUGGGGUGAAGAGGGUCCCCAGCCAAUCAUAUAAAUUCACAAUGCGACAUCAAGGGCAUCGUCUAGAAAUCUAUUGUUUAUUUAUUGAACCCCAUUGCUGUAUCGGCACUUGAUGUAUGUUCUUAUAUAGUAUAAAUGUGUAUAUGAUUAAGGGCAAGGUGCUUACUUCUAUGCGAUGAAACAGCCAACCUGCUACGUGUUGCUCUUACUUGAAUGCACUGAUAUGUGUUCAGGUUUCCUCACCCCAUCCCUUACUUUCUGUAGUUGUUUUUCCAAUGCAGCCGGCCAUGCGGACCCUCUGGAAGGUUGCUGCUUGAAUUUGCAUUUUAAAGAUUGUUGAUUAUUUUUUAUUAUACCUUUUUGUAUGGAAAGAUGCAUUACAUUUUACAUUCAGAUCGCAUACAUUUUAAAAAUAAAGAUGGCUGUUCAUAA